AGACAGAUCAGUCGAUCAGUCAAGUCGCCGUAUUCGUGGCGAGUGUGUCCUUUGUUGAAAUUAUCGAACAUUCGUGUUUAUUUUGAUUUCACACCGGAACUUAUUAUUAGUGUACUUUUAAAUAAGCAUGGUUAACAAAAUGUACUUUGGCGGUGUCGAAGGAGGCGCAACACAUUCAAACUUGGUCAUCUGCGAUGAAACCGGCAAAGUAGUCGGCACAUCGAAAGGUCCCGGCACGAAUCACUGGCAACUUGGUAUAGAAGAAUGUGCCACAAGAAUCAUAGACAUGUUGCACUCUGCUAAGGAAGACGCUGGAUUUCCGUUGGACAAACCUCUGGACUCUUUGGGCCUCACCCUCUCGGGGUGCGAGCAGGAAAGCAGCAACAAGGAGCUGGCGGAGCGAGUGAGACAGAAAGAUCCAGCAUGUGCUAGAAGAGUCCAUGUUGCCUCGGACACGGCUGGCUCGCUGUUCACUGGAGCUCCUAAUGGAGGCAUGGUGCUUAUAGCCGGCACGGGAUCAAACGCGUUGUUGUACAAUGGAAAACAACAGUAUGGGUGCGGUGGUUGGGGCUAUCUCUUAGGAGAUGAAGGAGGAGCUUACUGGAUAGCUCAUCGUGCUGUAAAGACUAUCUUCGACGAAGAGGACGGCCUGCGUCCCUCCCCACAUCCCAUACACGCCGUCUGGGAGGUCAUCAAAGAACACUUCGGGACAGAGAACAGAGUGGACCUACUGACUCAUGCUUAUAAGGACUUUGAUAAGUCCAAGUUCGCCGGUCUAACUCUGAAACUGUCCCGCCUUGCCCUCCGAGGCGACGCUCUGUCACGGCACCUGUUCGCUGAAGCCGGCAGCGCGCUCGCAGCUCACGUGGCCGCACUUGCCCCGAAGACGAAUGCGAGGCAUGUGCGCGUCGUAUGCGUUGGGUCUGUGUGGAACAGCUGGGAGCUGUUGAAGCCUGGAGCGCUGAAGGAGCUUAAUAUUAGGAGGGUAAAACCCGAGCUAGAGCUCGUCAGGCUCCGCGUCUCAAGCGCCAUGGGCGCCGCCUGGCUAGCAGCAAAGCAGCUCGACUACGAACUGCCUCGAGACGACGCGGCAUUCUGCGAGAUCUUCUACACGUACACGCCCGAACACUACAUGAAUGGAAACGGGAAGAUGAAUGGGACUAGUGGGAACUGCGGCGCCACUACGGGCGUUGUAGGUUAUGUAUCUUUAAAGGAGCGUAUUUCGGCCGCUACGGUCUCAAAUAACGGUCUGCAAGGGAGAAGAGACAAGUUUAACUUUAUUUCUGAUGUGGUAGCUGUUUCGGCGCCGUCCGUGGUCUAUAUAGAGAUAAAAGACAGUCGGCGUAUGGACUUGUUUUCUGGAGAGCCUAUAACGUUGUCGAAUGGGUCUGGGUUUAUAGUGAAGGAGGAUGGACUGAUAUUAACGAACGCUCAUGUGGUGGUGAAUAAGCCGAAUGCGAGUGUGCGAGUGAAGUUGUCGGAUGGCUCCGUCCACAUAGGUGUUGUAGAGGACGUAGACAUGAAGUCGGACCUGGCGACACUCCGGAUCCCGGUGCGGGGGCUGCCAAUAAUGAAGCUGGGCAGCUCGGCAGACCUCAAGCCUGGCGAGUGGGUAGUAGCAAUGGGGAGUCCCUUGGCUCUCAGCAACACAGUUACUGCUGGUGUUGUCAGUUCUACUCAGAGAGGGAGCGAGGAGCUGGGUCUACGAGGCAAAGACAUGGUCUACAUACAGACGGACGCGCCCAUAACGUUCGGCAACAGUGGCGGCCCUCUAGUGAACCUGGAUGGAGAGGCAAUCGGUAUCAACAGCAUGAAGGUCACCUCGGGCAUUUCAUUCGCUAUACCCAUUGAUUAUGUCAAGGAGUUUCUGCAGAAACGGAAAACGAAGUCGCCACAAGUUUCCCGGCGGUACCUCGGCAUCACGAUGCUGUCGCUUACCCCUAACAUACUGAUGGAGCUUAGGAUGAGGAAUCCAGAGAUGCCCAAGGACAUAGACCAUGGAAUUCUUGUGUGGAAAGUCAUCAUUGGGUCGCCUGCUUAUAAUGGCGGCCUCCAACCCGGCGACAUUGUAACCAACAUCAACGGCAAGCCGGUGCAGACGGCGACCGACGUGUACGCCAUCUUGGAGAACAGCAGCGGCCUGCUCAAGGUCGACGUCGUUAGAGGGAGAGGGCGGCUGGCUCUCACUGUCACUCCGGAGCAGCAUUGACAAUAGUUAUACUAGCUUAAUUGUCUGAAAAAUAAGUUGGCAUUUAAAACGGAAAGUUACACAGAAACUAGAAUUAAAUAGCGAUACCGAAACAAGAAUUAAAUAUCGAAACCAGAAUCAAUAACCGAAACCAAAAUUACUAGCCGAAACCGAAACCAGAAUGUUAAACCGUUAUUUGACUAAUUAACCGAAACCGUAUCGCAUAUAUGAUAGAGGUAGAGACGUGUUAAACUAUCAAAUUAAACAUUAAAGAACAUCAUAUAAUUAAAAUUCUGGAAUAUUCUAUUCAAAUAAACUCACAUUAAAACAAUGAAAUUUACUGCUAAAUAAGAUGCCUAAACGGGGUUCAGACCCCGGUGCGUAUUAACAGUUUGUCCAGCGACAUAGUAACCAACAUACCUAAUCCAGAUUUUUCAAAUUUUUCAAAAUGGCGGUGUCAUAUUUAUUCAGUUUUAACCCUUUACAUAUGGGGGUGUCCGGAAUUAUGCAAAAUUGAACCCUAUCACUUCGAAAUAAAGUUCAAAAUCAGGUGGGAAAUAUAUUCCCUCCGCCUUAUAAAGACUUAAGCUAUGCUCGCAGGCGUAGGCUUAAGCUAUGCUCGCAGGCGUAGGCUUAAACUAUGCUCGCGAGGACUACAGCUCACAGAGCCACUAGUUUGAUAUAUGAAUCCCAAGUUAUGACCUUUAGGUAUAUUACACAACCUAAAAAUGUAACAUUAAAGUCUCACUGCCAUAUUUCGUUUUCACGAAAUGUUAUAUACCUAUUAUUAUUGUGUACCGUUGUUUUCACCUCCAUAAUUUGUUCUGCCUGAUUUAUAUAUUUUUGUAAAUAGUUUUUUAUAAUGCAAGGCAUAUUUUUUAUUGUUAAUUUAGUUACGUAUCUAUAAGUAUGUAUUGAGUUGUGAUUAAAAGAUAUCACUAA